AUGGAAUACGGCGACAGAGGCGCCGUGGUAGUCCUCCGAUGGAGGGGCUGCCUUUCAGCCAUAGAAUACGGCGACAACGGCGCCGUGGAGAUCCUCCGAGAAGAAGCCGACGAGCUUCCUGCUGCAGAUCCGACGACCAAACAGAAACAGCAAGCAAGAACUCCUCCCUCUCGCCACCUCGACGAGGAAGAAGAAGCAGCUUGCUGUUAUUGGAAGACUAAGAGAUUACUGCUUUUACCUGAUGAACUCUAUGGCCAGUUUCCAACUCAUGUGAUCGAUGCAGAAAGAACUCAGGUGGCAGGAAUCAGAUAUUAUAAUGAUUUAUAUGGGGUACGUGCUGUAAUAAAUGUUUAUGAGCCAAAGGUGAAGAAAAAUAGCAAUGAUCUAAGUCAAACAGGGAUUGAAAUUAAUAACGGGCCAAAGGGCCUAGUAGACAGUAUAGUUGCUUGCUAUUCGGUAUCUCCAAGCUCAUAUGGCGAUAGCUUUGCAAGGUUUCAUGUUGUUUGGAGCAACGGCAUGCUAAACACGUCAUGUGUUGAUCACGAUUGUCCUGGUUUCGUGCAAACAAGCCACAAUGUUGGUCUUGGAGGAAGGGUUCAACCUGUUUCAGUCUACAAUGGACCGCAAUAUGUAAUAACCAUUUUUAUUUUCAAGGAUCCAAAGACAAAAAAUUGGUGGUUGGCGUAUGGUGAAAAUAAUACACCAAUUGGAUAUUGGCCAAACUCACUGUUCUCUACCUUUGGUGAUAAAGGUAAAUUUUCAUUCUGGGGUGGCCAAGCUUAUGGCUCAACAGCUUCAUCAGACUCACCACAAAUUGGUAGUGGCCAUUUUGCCUCCGAAGGAUAUGGAAAAGCAUCUUUUAUGAGAAACAUCCAAAUUGUUGAUCAGAACAACAAUCUUGUUACUCCAAAUGAAAACAAAGGCUUUUCUGUCACCACUGAUAAGAGGAAGUAUACUGUUGAUGGUUAUAAAAUCAAUAAAUCUGGUAUGCAUAUGUACUAUGGUGGACCGGGUAAUUUAGUAUGA